GUGCUGUGUUUAGCCAGCUGGCAGUGCAGGAGGGCUCUGCUUUCCCUGCAGCUGCAUCUUCCUCCUCCUUCUCCUCUGCAGGGGAAAGCUCCCAUCUCCACAGGCUGUGUUUUUGUGAGUGCCUCCACCCAGCUAUGAGAAAACAGCUUUUCCACCUGUGCGAAUGAGAUGGAGUCUUAGAGGGAUUUACUGGACUGGUAAUUGAAUUUACGGAGACUGGAAGUCCAGGUGCUUUUGGGUGAGCAGAGGACAAUAUAAGAAUGGGACUGUGACUACACAGAGAAUGUGCUGUGGGGCUACAGACUCCCCACACUUUACUCCACUCACACUUUUGCAGAGGACCCUGCAGAACAUGUGCUGAGACCAAGAGCUGCACAGAAACAUCACUGAGUUGUUGAAGAUGGAGAAUGGCACAGGGGAUGAGCAGAACCAAACUGGGCUGCCACUAUCAAGCCAGGAGAUUAUUACAGUCGAAUACCAAGUGGUUACCAUCCUCUUGGUCCUCCUCAUCUGUGGACUGGGCAUCAUGGGCAACAUCAUGGUGGUUUUGGUGGUCCUCAGAACCAAACACAUGAGAACUCCCACUAACUGCUAUCUGGUGAGUCUAGCUGUGGCAGAUCUCAUGGUGCUUGUGGCUGCAGGGCUACCCAACAUCACAGAAAGCCUGUAUAGAUCCUGGGUGUAUGGAUACGUGGGGUGUCUCUGUAUCACUUACCUACAGUACCUGGGGAUCAAUGCUUCUUCUUUUUCCAUAACUGCCUUCACCAUUGAGAGAUAUAUAGCCAUCUGCCACCCAAUCAAAGCUCAAUUCCUGUGCACUUUUUCAAGAGCGAAAAAGAUCAUUAUUUUUGUCUGGGCUUUCACCUCCAUAUACUGUAUGCUCUGGUUUUUCUUGCUAGACCUUAAUACAGUAGUUUACAAAGACACUACUGUCGUGUCCUGUGGCUACAAGGUGUCCAGGAGCUACUACUCUCCUAUCUACAUGAUGGACUUUGGUAUAUUUUAUGUUCUGCCAAUGGUAUUGGCAACUGUCCUCUAUGGCCUGAUUGCUAGAAUACUGUUCCUGAACCCCAUCCCUUCGGACCCAAAAGAAAACUCUGAGACAUGGAGGAAUGAUGUGGCUCACCAAAGCAAGGCUGUGAAUUCCAAGAUGACCAGCAGGAGUUUCAAUAGCACUAUUGCUUCUCGAAGGCAGGUUACCAAGAUGUUGGCUGUGGUCGUGGUCCUAUUUGCGUUCCUAUGGAUGCCGUACCGCACGCUGGUCGUGGUCAAUUCCUUCCUCUCCCACCCUUACCAAGAAAACUGGUUCCUGCUAUUUUGCAGAAUCUGUAUUUAUUUAAAUAGUGCCAUCAAUCCUGUCAUUUACAAUCUCAUGUCCCAGAAAUUUAGAGCAGCCUUUAGGAAACUCUGUAACUGCCAACAGAAGCGGGACAAGAAACCAACCAACUACAGCGUGGCCCUAAAUUAUAACGUCAUCAAAGAGUCUGAUCACUUCAGCACUGAACUAGAAGAUAUUACCCUCACCAAUACCUACCUGUCCUCUGCAAAACUGUCCCUUGGUGACACUUGUUUGUCAUCUGAGAUGGUGUGAAAAAUAUUUCUUUCUCAGUUUGCUGAUUCUCUCCUACUUUCAAGCCUGAAGCCCACCUUUUUCUGAGUAUGCAGUCAUGUAAAACCUUUGGAUGUUGUGUCCCCACUAAUCCUUAUGAAAUGUUAAGGCAUUUCUGCUCACAGAGUUGCAGAAGGUAACAUUUAUCUCUACACCACUGUCUUCAUUGUACAAGAAAAAGCAUCCUCUUGGGGAGUGGGAAGAAUAUACUACUGAGUCUAACCAAAGGAAGCAGCGGGCAUGACUUCAAGCCGGUGAGUUGGCUUCAGUGGAAUACCCAAAUCUUUUGUCUCGUGUAUUGGCCAAAGGGUGGUCUGCCCUCUCAGAAAGACCAAAGCUGCCCAGGACAUCUCCAUGGACACCACACAGGGCAGUGGAUGAUGCUCCCAGUGAAGGUGGGAGGUGAGGAGAGGAGCUGCCAUCCUAUGUGGCUUGCACCAUGCUGGGCAGGGCCACCCCACAGCAGCCAGAGGAGUUCCAGUUACAGCAAUCACCCACCAGUGACUCCUUCAUCCCACACAAUUACAAAUCUAGUUGGAGGCAUCAUAACACACUUCAGUAAGUGGAUAUCUGAUGGCAAAGAGCAUGAAAUACUUCUUGGUUUUUGGUUUUUGGGUUUGUUUGGUUUUUUUGCUUUUUGCUUCUUUUUUUUAAAUCUUGAACUGCGUGAAAUAGGAAGACUAUUCCAUGAAUUCACAGCAAGGAAUAUACAAAUUUAAAACUCAGUAUGAAGCUUUAAAAAAUCUUAUUUUUUUCAGAAAGCUAGUUUAUAGAUGUACCAUUUAAAAUGUAAAUCUUAGAUAACACUGAAUCCUGCUUGAAAUUAAUAUUUGUAGGAAAUUCUGUCUCAGAUUACUACAAGAGUUUUAUAGCUUCAAUAUAUAGAAUGACUACAGAAAAGAGGAGAAUUCAGUGAAAAAUGACUGAAUUUUGACUGAGUUGUUUUUUCAGUUUUUCUUCUCAAAGGUUAUCCAUUAGAAUAGUUAAGGGCAUAAAGUGUUCUGGAAGACUGAUCAGUUGUAUGUUUGGUUAGAAAGAGAAAACACCAUGAAAUAACUUUCCUUUAUUCCAGGUCAUUGUAAUGCUCCCUUUGCAUGGUGACUUCAAGCACUGGUUUUGAUUAUCUGGAGGCAGAGUCAAAAUUUCAGUUUUAGGUUAUCAGAUUCAGAGUGCUUGUUUUGGUUGCAGCUGAUGUUACCAGUCUCCAUGGCUCAUCCCUAUUUCUUGAAAGAAUUGCCUAGUGCUCCUCAUUUGCCACCAUGGCCACUUGCAUGCUCUUCCCCCACAGCCAGUGAUGAGCAGCUUAAGGCAGUGAUCUCCCCAAGGCAGCUGAAGUUAAACCCCAGUACAUCACUUUGGCUUCUCUCUAGAUCAUCUGUUCUUGAUAGAAUUGUAUUUUCUUAUUCAUGUGCAGCAACAUGUAGAAACUUGCAAAGCUGCCUGGCUGUGCAUGUUUGUUAUGAGCAAUUUGCACAGCUUUUGUACAUGACAUGUAAAAAGCUGUAAAAACCCUUUUUGUUCUAGUAAAAAUCCAUGGUGAGAUAAAUAGGUAGCCUCACUUGCACUGUGAGGCUUUCCUAUCCAGUUUUUCUCUGCAUAUAGAAUCAUAGAGCAGUUUGGUUUGGAAGGGACCUUUAAAGGUCAUCUAGUCCAAGCCCCUGCAAUCAGGAGGGACUUUUUCAUCUCGAUCAGGUUGCUCAGAGACUUGACCCAGGUGCAAGACCUGGCAUUUGGCCUUGUUAAACCUCACGCAAUUAACCUUGGCCCAUUGGUCCAACCUGUCCAGGUCCUGCUGUAAGGCUUCCCUACCCUCCAGCAGAUCGACACAGCCACCUAGUUUGGUGUCAUCUGCAAAUGAACUGAGGGUACACUCAAUCCCCUCAUCCAUAUCAUUAAUGAAGAUAUUAAAGUGUUGUGACAUAUGGGACACAUAUAAUGUGUUGUGACUAUAUCUUCACAGAUGUUAUUCAUUAAAUCCAUGCUAGUUUUAUAUGGAUUCCUACAGAUAACAUUAUGAGAUUUUGCUAGAUAUCUUGCAAACGUGAUUUUAGACCUAUUUGUGUGUUUGCCCUUCUGUUUAUACCAGCAAUCAGCCUUUUUCAUUGUACUUAGAUAUUGUAGAUUAAAUAUGUGGAGUUUAAUUGAAAAAUGUGGAAAAAAAAUUUAAAAUAAACUAAAAAAAUGUGUGUGAUUUCAGCUUAAUAAUACAGGAAACUUUUUUGCUAGAAGUGAAAGUGACUGGAGGACAACUACAGAUUGCAGUAUUGUAUUUGUCUUCACGUGCUUAUUUUAUGGUUAACAAAUUCCUUUGCAACAUUUAGAACUAUCUGAUUAGUAGUAAUGUUUGUAUUUGUAUAUUUAUUGCAAUACACCUGUAAAAGGAAUCCCCUUUUAAUGCCUUUGGUGUUAGAGAUCAUGUUAUGGCUUUUGAAGCUUCCCGUGUGAAAUCCAAAGAUGUUAGAAUAUUCCAUGUGGGUACAUUGUGAGAAGGGGUAGGUGUAUUUAAAACACAUUCUACUUCAAAUUGCAUCAUCUCUUUGAAGUUAGAGUUAAAAUAAUAUCAAAGCAGCUCCACUGUAUUGUGAAGGGGGUUAUGACAUUCCUGUGGAAAUGAAUGGCACAAGUCAAAUUGAAAAGCUCUCACUAGAUUCCCUUAAAAACAAUCCAAUAUAACUGACCAAAGGACUGAUCCUGCUUCAGGAGCUGCUGAUAUAGCUCCCUACUAGAAACUGAAUGCUCAGCUCAGUCACUUGGCCUUUGGAAGCAGACAAAUACGUUUUGGUUGUUUUUUAAAAAACUAUUCUAAAAAAACAACCAAACAAAAAACCCAAACAACCCAGAUCUGAACAUCAUCACUGCAGGGAGAAAAAAAUGUGUUUUAUUCAGGACUGCACAAAGAUAAACAGUACUUUCAACAAUGCUGCAUAUGCUUAUUUAUUUCUCCACUAUUGUAUGAACUCUAUUGUGUACACUUGUUUUAUUUGAUACAAACUGCAGUGAAACUUCAGAAUGACCUUUCAGUAUUUUUUACUCUCUUUUUUAGACAUAAAUUUUUCUUUGCUGUUUUUUUCUUUUCAAUAAGAGUUUAUUUUCUCCUGAUUCUUUCAUUACUACUGGGAUACAGUGAUACAGCGAAUACCAGUGAAUUAGUCCAUCUGAAGGGAUUGGGACUCCAGAAUGCCUUAAUCUGGGAGCUGAAUCCAGGAAAUCUGAAUUCACAAAAACUACUGAAGAGCAGCUGGUUUAGAGACAUUUCUUUUUCAGUUACUCAGAGUAAUUCUACCCUCAUUUUGUCACUGCAUGUGGUUUAUAAAUAUGAUUGUGAAAUUGUUCAAAGAAAUGUAUUGCUGAUAAAUGAAGAAUAUUUUGUGUUCAAAGAAGCAUUUUGCAAUUUUUUUUAUGGAUGUCACUGUGGAGAUUAAUUUGUGAUGGCUUUUUGUUGCUACUCUAAUAAAAUGUUGAGC